AUGCUUACCAGAAUUCGAUGGUUCGAAUUAGGCAUCAUGUAUGUAUCGAGAAAGCUGCUGAGCAGCUUAACCAUUCGCCAUUAUCGGCAAUUUUUUCGAAAAACCGCAAAAGCUCCAGAAGUCACUCAGGGCCUAUUUGGUGACCCGCAAUUGAAAACAGCAAGCAGUUUCGCUGAGUUAAAUAAACGAGUUCGAAUUGAAUGUACAGAUCUAGUGAAACAAAUUGAGGCGGGAAACAAUAAACGAACAACUGUUAAACUAUUCGAUGAUCUUUCAAAUACAAUAUGUAAAGCUGCCGAUUUGGUAGGUUUGCUUCAUUGCCUUAUGAUGCGCUUAUUCCAUUUGAUGACCAAUUUCAACCUAGAAUGCGUUCGACAACUGCACAAUGAUCCAACAUACACACAAGCUGCACAAGAAAGUGCUAGUGAUUUUUGUGAACUCGUGGAGAGUCUAAACACCUACACUGCUUUAUAUGAUAUGCUCAAGAAGUCAAAACAAACAGAGGCUGAUCGGUUAGAUGAUGUGGAUAUACGCACUAUAAACUUGUUUCUCAAUGAGUUUGAGUUAUCUGGUGUAAAUCUUCCUGAUGACAAGCGUGCCGAAUUUGUGAGGGCGCAAAAAAAGCAAUAUAGUCUGCCAUCUACAAGGAUAAGAUCACCGUCUUCAAAUUGUGUUGAGCAGGACAAGCGAAAAUUCGUCUACACGACUUACUACCGACAUAAUAAUGAGCAAGAACAAGAGCUCCGGAACCUUGUUUGUUAUCGCGAUGAACUAGCGCGACUCACAGGCUACACCUCAUAUGCCCAUCGUGCUCAAGAUAAUACCCUUUUAGGAACUUACGAAAAUGCCCAUGACUUUUUAUGGGGUGUGAUACAGGCUUGCCGACCUGCUGCUGAGCGAGAACUAGCCAUAUUAAUGGACGUACAAGCCCAAUGCAAAUCCGAUUCCUUUCAUGGUGUGAUUGGAGAAUGGGAUGUUCACUAUUUAUCGGAGAUUUACAAGGAACGAGCAUAUGGUACUGCGCAUAAGAGGGAAGCUCAUCAAUUUCUAACCUUAGGCAAUGUUUUGCUUGGAUUUGGCACUCUCAUCAAUAAACUUUAUGCUGUUCGCUUGGAAGAGCAACUCAUAGAAAAAGGAGAGAUGUGGUGUGGACACAUUAUAAAAUUUGGCGUUUUCGAUGCUUCAAAUCGUUUCCUUGGCACCGUUUAUCUAGAUAUUGAUCGAAGGCCAACGAAAGCCGUGGGAGAUUGCCAUUUUACCGUACGAUGCUCUAAAGAGUUGCAAGAUGGUAGCUGGCAAACACCUAUUGUGGUCUUGUCCCUCUCACUUUGUGAAAACUACAAUGGGUCUUGGAAAGAUCUCCCAGUUGACUUACACAGAGCCGAAAACACGUUUCAUGAACUUGGUCACGCUAUGCAUAGCAUGUUGGGGCGAACGAGAUAUCAACACGUUGCAGGUACUCGUUGCCCACAAGAUUUCUCGGAAAUCCCAUCUAUUCUAAUGGAGUAUUUCUUUAGCGAUUUGUCC